AUGGGCAAGAAGGUGGUUGUCGGGGCGGCUAUCGUUGGAGCGGCGGUGGUCUGCGCUGCGGCGGCGCUGAUGGUUCGCCGGCGGAUGCGGAGCUCCGGCAAGUGGGCCCGAGCGAUGGCGAUACUGAGGGCGUUCGAGGAGGAUUGCGCGACUCCGAUCGCGAAGCUCCGACAGGUCGCCGACGCCUUGACGGUCGAGAUGCACGCCGGUCUCGCCUCGGAAGGUGGGAGCAAGCUCAAGAUGCUCAUCAGCUACGUCGAUAAUCUCCCCACUGGGGAUGAAAAAGGUCUAUUUUAUGCACUAGACCUUGGCGGAACAAACUUCCGUGUAAUGCGUGUGCUCCUUGGUGGGAAAGAAGGUCGUGUUGUCAAACAAGAAUUUGAAGAAGUUUCCAUUCCUCCUCAUCUUAUGACGGGUGGUUCAGAUGAAUUAUUCGAUUUUAUUGCUGAUGCACUCGCAAAGUUUGUUGAAACAGAAGGGGAGGAUUUCCAUCCUGCACCGGGUAGACAGAGGGAGUUAGGUUUCACUUUCUCAUUUCCGGUUAGGCAGACAUCUCUGGUGUCUGGUACUCUCAUCAAUUGGACAAAGGGCUUCUCCAUUGAAGAUACAGUUGGACAAGAUGUUGUAGGAGAACUCAAUAAAGCCAUCGAAAGAGUUGGGCUUGACAUGCGUGUCGCCGCCCUUGUAAAUGACACUGUUGGGACACUAGCCGGUGGCAGAUACUAUAAACCAGAUGUCAUGGCCGCUGUUAUCUUAGGCACUGGUACGAAUGCUGCUUAUGUUGAGCGUGCGCAUGCAAUUCCCAAGUGGCAUGGUCUGCUUCCUAAAUCAGGGGAAAUGGUCAUCAACAUGGAGUGGGGAAACUUCAGAUCAUCGCAUCUUCCGUUGACAGAGUUUGACCACUCCCUGGAUUUCGAGAGUCUGAAUCCAGGUGAACAGAUCUUUGAGAAAAUAAUUUCGGGUAUGUACUUGGGAGAAAUCUUGCGUAGAGUUCUUCUGAAGAUGGCUGAAGAGGCUGCUUUCUUUGGUGACACCGUCCCUCCAAAGCUGAGAAUUCCAUUCAUCAUAAGGACCCCUCAUAUGUCGGCAAUGCACUCUGAUGCUUCUCCAGACUUGAAGGUUGUCGGAAGCAAACUGAAGGACAUAUUAGAGAUCCCUACGACAUCUCUCAAAAUGAGAAAAGUUGUAAUCAGUCUCUGCAACAUCAUCGCCAGCCGAGGCGCUCGUCUAUCUGCUGCCGGGAUUUAUGGCAUCCUCAAGAAACUGGGAAGGGAUGUGCCUAAAGAGGGAGAACAGCAGAAAUCAGUGGUAGCCAUGGAUGGUGGGCUGUUUGAGCAUUACUCUCAUUUCAGUGCUUCCAUGGAAAGCACACUAAAAGAGCUACUUGGAGAUGAAGUCUCGGACAAUAUCGAGAUCAUUCACUCGAAUGACGGGUCGGGCAUUGGAGCCGCUCUCCUUGCAGCUUCUCAUUCUCAGUACCUCGAAGUGGAGGACUCUUAAAAAACCCGGCGAAAGCAAGCUGUGGAGCAAGCUGUGGUUGAGGUGAAUGAUGGAGCCAGUGUCUGUGUGAUUUCAGUAAAGUUAAAAUCUUUCCAGCCUACUAGCAAAAGGGCCUCUUCCUCAAGCAACCAAAAACGCAGUACCUUGUGUUUCUCUUGCUCUGUUUUUUUUACUUCUAGGGUUUAGAAAAUAAACGAAAGGUAAGCUCUUGGGGGGGAUUUUUGUUCUGUGUUGGGGAAUAAUAAUAAACCCGGGGAACUCCAGGUUCUGGGAAUUUCAAACCAGACAUGUUGUAGAACUAUUUAUUCUGAGUUACCUGGUUUUCUGGGUAUAUGAAAGAUCAUAUAUUUCUUCUUCUGAAAA